AUGAAGCACCACCUGCUCAUCUACAGCGUCAAGUAUUGGGCCAAGCAUAUCGACGAUUUUCACAAGACAGCCGACUCCAAAGAGAUGUGCAAAGAAGUGGAUAGCUUCAUUCGUUCUAGAAACUUCGGCACCUGUGUACAACUCCAGAGUCUUUUUGUUCAGUGGAGAUUCUCAAUCUGGUACAUCGAUUGGGAAAAUGGAAUAUACUACACGAGCGAGGUCGAAGACAGGAACAAGAAAAAGCACUUCAGCAGGGGCUUGCCGUCGUGUUAUACCGAUCAUGACUACGGAAAGCCCCCGUUCCAGGAAUACAACGAGGCCAUCGCAGAGUGGGGAUAUUUCCUCAAUUCCUCUUACGGACCCUGCGCCCAGGACGUUCAAGUUCUGUUGUUGCACGAGCGCCACGAGCAGGAGGGCAUGCAGGUGGAGGCACAGCGGUGGACGGUGAAAAAGCUAGGUCAUCGACACAAGCUACAGACGAAGAAGCAAAUACUCAAAAUCACGGACGAACAGCUCCGCCUGUACACCAGGCCGCUCCAGGACCGCGAAGCAGGUCGAGCAACACAGGCCGCCAUCACAGGCUGCGGCGGCCUCCUCCGAAUCGGGCACAAGGUAUACGCCCAAGAUGACGCAGGCCUUUACCGUGUGCUUGAAAUGGGCGACUCCCGGAUUGCCAGGGACGACCGGCCUUGCGACGAAGCGGAUUCCAGCUCCAGCAGCAGUGAUAGUGACGACGACGAGGCACUUGACGAAGCGAAUCCCAUCCAAAGCCUUGGCGAGGUACAGGGAUGUUCGGCAAUGGAGACUCAACUCGACGCACAAGAAGACUCUGAGUGGUCAAAUUCGGCAAGGGCAUCUCACAGCGAUGGUUCAACCACGGACAUAUCGGAUGAGAUGCAUGAUGAUGAGUUUUGGGACGACUGGGGCUCCGAGGAUGAGGACAUGGAAUUCAAAGACAUUGACGCGGCAACCGAUGAGUCCUCAGCCAGUGCAUCGAGCAUGAUAUCCGAGUGGGAUGGAGGCCCAGGGGAUAUUCCCAUGCACACGGAUAUUCACGACCUCGAGUUCGAUCUCGACGGAGAUAACUCAGACAUUCCGAGUGCCAUCUCCACUGGAGCGUGGGCUGACAGUGACAGCAACUCACAGGAAUCGGAAGACGGGCCUGGACCCUUGCAGGAAGCCGAGACUACGGUCAAUCGGGCAUCCGACAAGCGCGAGCUCGUCAUCUUGUUUCACGACAGGUCCAAUAACUUGGCCCGUCGUGUUUUCCGGUUCGCCUAUCGGUGGGCGGGCCAGCUGUUCAACUCGCCGCCCGUCAUACAUCCGACACACGAGCUGGCCGUCUGGCCUUUGGGGAGAAACGAGAUCCUCUUCGCCAACUUCACCAAGCACACAUACUUCAUCCGAUCCCUCAAGUGCGGAGCUAAAGACAUGUGCCACAUUUCGAUCCAGGCAAAGUUCUCCGACUGUGGUCGGUUCUUGCACCUGGCCUGCCUCGACGGGUGCUUGGGCAGCAGCAGCAACAGCCACCCGAGCCAUGUCCACACCAAGAAAGCAUCACCGGCUCUACGUGGGCUAUAUAUACGCGUGUCCACGUACCGACUGUCACAGGGCAAGCCUUCGAGGAGCCCGCCCAGGCUUGUGCAUAGGGCCUCGGCACCGCUGGACUGCCACCUACUGCGCCAAGACGACGGCCAACAGCUCCCGGCGUCCCCGCUUCCCUACACUUUCACGUGGACCGCGGACCACCUCUACGCCGCCGAGAGCUACAGGGUCCUCCGCGUGUAUCGGGUGCCGCUGCACCAAGUACCUGGCUCGGACGACGUGGAUGGUUCCAAGCCGGCACAAGUCGUCUUUAGCAACGAGGCCGAGAUCUUCCUCCCAAAAUCAGCAGACAGCCGCUCUGUACUCUUCUUCCCUGCCCCCGACGGAGAGGCCGACACCAAGACAACCGAAAAGAAGGCCAAGCGCCGGACGAAGUCAUCCACAUCCACGACCAAGAAGAAAAGCGACGGGGACCAGGUCGUCGCCACGGUUAUAAUCUCAUCAGAAGUCAGCCUCCUCGCCGGGGUUCAGCCCUAUGUCGGGCCCCCUCAAGUCGUAUACCUGACUGCCGCUGAGUUUGGAUCCUGGCGGCGGCUCUGCGGAGACCCCCGGGGCUCGGGGGAGGGAGACGCGUGUGCCAAGACGUGGAAAGGCGGUCAGCUGGAGGCGCGUUACGAGAAAUUUGAUCAUAUGCAGGAUUGUGACAUUGUGCCGUUCUUUAGAUAG